AUGGCUGGAUUCCAUCCUCAUAUGCCCGCUACGCGUUACUCGGUCGUUGGAAAAGCUUUUGGCGCCGCCAUGUGGUUCUGGGUCAUGUAUAAGGCCAAGGAGGAAGGCCCAGCUGUUCUUGGACUCCGUCAUCCUUGGGAUGGUCACGGUCACGGACAUGGGCAUGGACACAGUGCUGAAGGCGAACAUCACUAA